GGCGGCGCGCGGCGGGGGGGUUUCCACAGAGGCGGAACGUCCCCGCCCGAGUUCCGGUUUCCGAGCACGAGCCGAGGCACUUUGGGCGACGGCCCUGGGGACCCGGAGCUCUGAAGAGGACGGACCAUAGAGGUUGUCUGAAGGCCGAGGUCGAGAUGGCGGCGCUGGCGGCUCCCGGCCUGCUCCGCGGGAUCCUUGCUCUUCGCUCCGGCGUGGGCGCGGCUCUGCAGGUGCGCGGGGUCCAUCCGAGCUCGGCCGCCGACAGCCCAAGCAGCACCCACCCCGCCGUGUCCCAGGCCGGAGCCGUGGUCCCCAAACCCGCCGCCCUUCCCAGCAGCCGGGGCGAGUAUGUGGUGGCUAAGCUGGACGACCUCAUCAACUGGGCCCGCCGGAGCUCCCUGUGGCCCAUGACCUUUGGCCUGGCCUGCUGUGCCGUGGAGAUGAUGCACAUGGCAGCGCCCCGCUACGACAUGGACCGCUUCGGCGUGGUCUUCCGCGCCAGCCCCCGCCAGUCCGACGUGAUGAUCGUGGCUGGGACGCUCACCAACAAGAUGGCCCCCGCGCUCCGCAAGGUCUACGACCAGAUGCCAGAGCCUCGCUACGUCGUGUCUAUGGGGAGCUGCGCCAACGGAGGCGGCUACUACCACUACUCCUACUCUGUGGUGCGGGGCUGUGACCGUAUCGUGCCCGUGGACAUCUACGUCCCAGGCUGCCCGCCCACGGCCGAGGCCCUGCUCUAUGGCAUCCUGCAGCUGCAGAAGAAGAUCAAGCGCGAGAAGAGGCUCCAGAUCUGGUACCGCAGGUAGUGCCAGCCGCCUGGCCGCCCCACGGCCGUCUGCGCUGUUACUCCAGAGGCGGUCAAUAAACCCGAUAAACCCGC